GUUCCGGAGACUCAGCAUGACGCUGCCGGCCAGGGUUUUCUUUGCUCGGGGGUCCCGGCUGCCCGGUGGCCUUGCUCCGCGGCGGUCUGAAAAACGAGUGAAGACGGAAGCCAGAGUAUCACUUUUACUGUGGUUUGUGAGAGGCAGCCGGGCCCGUCAGCUGGAUUUUCUGGAGUAGACAGACUUACCUAAUUCUGGAGGAGGGUUGAACAUUGUCCUCUGAAAGCAGCUAGAUCCCAAGAGGAAGAAGACCAAGGAGAUUGUUCAUAUUCAAUGAUUCUGUCAAAAUUUGCCAGUCAUAUCAACUGUCUCUGCAGGGACAGAUUGUACCUUACUUUGUGUUGCUAUAAAGGAAUACCUGAGGCUAGGUAAUUUAUAAAGAAAGGGGUUUAUUUGGCUCAUGGUUAUGAUGCCUGGACAAGUUCAAAACUGGGCAUCUGCAUCUGGUGAUGACCUAGGGCUGUUUGUUCUUGUGGCAGAAGGAUGAGGAUGGCACUACGACAUUUGUGAGGGAUCUGACCCCAUAACCCAAGCACCUCUCGUUAGUCCCCACCUCCAAGGGGAUCACAUUUCAACAUGAGGUUUCAAGGGACAAACAUCCAAACAUCCUUAGUGGGUUGACUAAGGGGACAGAGAGAAGCCUUGAGUUGUACCACCUGAGCUUCUCACAGCAGGGAGAGGUCCGGACUGGAGAAGAAGCAUCUCCUGCUCAUGGGGGAAUUUUUCAGUUAUGGGACAAAAGUAUUAUAUCAAAACACUGAAGCUUUACAGUCUAAAUUCUUUUCACCCCUUCAAAAAGCGAUGCUACCACCGAAUAGUUUUCAAGGAAAAGUGGCAUUCAUUACUGGGGGAGGCACUGGCCUUGGUAAAGGAAUGACAACUCUUCUGUCCAGCCUGGGUGCUCAGUGCGUGAUAGCCAGCCGGAAGAUUGAUGUUUUGAAAGCCACUGCAGAAGAAAUUUCUUCUCAAACUGGAAAUAAGGUUCAUGCAAUUCAGUGUGAUGUAAGGGAUCCUGCUAUGGUUCAAAACACUGUGUCAGAACUGAUCAAAGUUGCAGGACAUCCUAAUAUUGUAAUCAACAAUGCAGCAGGAAAUUUUAUUUCUCCUACUGAAAGACUUUCUCCUAAUGCUUGGAAAACCAUAACUGACAUAGUUCUAAAUGGCACAGCUUUCAUGACACUAGAAAUUGGAAAACAACUAAUUAAAGCACAGAAAGGAGCAGCAUUUCUUGCUAUUACAACUAUAUAUGCUGAGACUGGGUCAGGUUUUGUAGUACCGAGUGCUUCUGCCAAAGCAGGCGUGGAAGCCAUGAGCAAAUCUCUUGCGGCUGAAUGGGGUAAAUAUGGUAUGCGAUUCAAUGUGAUUCAACCAGGGCCUAUAAAAACCAAAGGUGCCUUUAGCCGUAUGGACCCAACUGGAGCGUUUGAGAAAGAUAUGAUUGACAGAAUUCCCUGUGGUCGCCUGGGGACUGUGGAAGAACUUGCAAAUCUUGCUGCUUUCCUUUGUAGUGAUUAUGCUUCUUGGAUUAAUGGAGCAGUCAUUAAAUUUGAUGGUGGAGAGGAAGUACUUAUUUCAGGGGAAUUCAACAGUCUGAGAAAGGUCACCAAGGAGCAGUGGGACACCAUAGAAGGACUUAUCAGGAAGACAAAAGGUUCCUAAGACCACUCCGGCCUUCAUCUUGCUUAUAAACAAGGGAAUAGAAAUGAAACGAUCUCCAUCUCUUAUCUUUUCAACUAUUUCAAGUCUAAUAAAUUGUUAAUUAAUCAACA